ACCUCCUCCCCCACCCGCUCCCCUCCCCACCACCCCGUUCCGCCGCGCGCCAUUUCUCUUCCCACGCGCUCUCUUUCCCCGUCUCGCUCUUUUCUCUGUGGCAAAGCGACCGGGCGCCAUGUUUGUAAGGAAGACAUAACCAGACCAGCCUCCUCCUUCUCCUCCUCCUCCUUUGCGGCCAACGGCACCUCUUCCCCGUCCCCUCCGACCGACCCACCACUCCCUCUUCUUCUUCCUGUGGUGCGUGUGUGUUGCCUGUUGUUAAACCCCCCUAGCCCCUAUCUUUAUUUUAAUUUUAUUUUUUGAAAUUUGUGGCCAGCCUCGCCCGGCCCAGAGCGACCGUUAAAAGCGCCCUUUUCUGGGGGCCGCGAGCGCGCGUGUGUGUUUGCGUGUGUCCCCGUGCCCACCCUUCCCGUCACUCAGUAAAAAACCGUGAGUGGAAAUCUUCGCUGCUUCUUGCUGAGGUGGUGGGGGGGACCCCCACGCGGUCCUCCUCCGGCCGCCGCCGCCGCCGCUUCUGCGUAUAUUUGUGUGUGUGUGUGUGUGUGUGUGUGCCUUGUGUCUCCUCCUCCCUCCUCUUUCCUCUCCCAACGCCCCACCACGGGCAGCAGUGUCCUGCCUUCCUCCUCCUCCUCCUCCUUCCUCCUCCUCCCUGCACACACAGCCAGAGCCAGCACAAUGGCCUUUGAAAGCCUGUUCUCCAAGCCCCCAAACCCAGUUCUUGACCAAAACAUGCCCGACUCUGACAGGCAACAUGCAGGGGACGAAAGAGAGGAUGGUGAACUCGAAGAUGGCGAAAUAGAUGAUGCUGGAUUUGAAGAGGAUAAGGAAGAACAAGAUGCAAAGGUUGAAGAUAAACAGAAAAAUGAAAAAGCCCAUAGAAAAUCCCGCAAGAAACGCAAAAAAGAAAAGGAUAAGAAAAAGUCAAAAAGGAGAAGACGAGAUAAACACAAGCAUAAUUCCCCCUCUAGCAAUGACAGUUCUGACUAUAGCAUUGAUUCUGAUGCCGAACGAACAGAAAGAUCCCAUAAGAAAGGAUCUGGUUUCUACAGAGAUUAUGAGUCUUCAUUCAUUCAGCAUGGGCAUAUUUCAGGAAAAUAUACCCCUUCACAGAAGUCACAGCAUACUAAAAAAUCAAAAAACAAAGAUUAUGAUAACUACAGUGAUGAUUUUGUCUACAAUGAGGAUGAAAAAGAGGAUUUUGCUGACCAAUUAAAACAGUAUAGACAAGCUAAAGAAACUUCAAAUGCUGAUUUAGAUGCUCCAAUUUCAAAAGAAUCUAUGAAAAAGCAAGGAAUGAAAGGGAUUCAGAAAGGUGCUACACAGACAAGCAAUAGUUACGGUAUUGGCCGAGGUCGUGGCAUGCAGAAGAAAUUGAAACGCAAAGACCGUGGAAGGGGAAGGGGGAUAAAUAAAGGUCCUGAAGAGGAAAUAAAGCCUGUUAAGAAAUGGCCAACUAUGAGUCAGGCAUUCAUAAAUCAGCAUACUGUGGAACACAAAGGAAAACAAAUCUGUAAAUAUUUCCUAGAGGCACGAUGCAUUAAGGGAGACCAGUGUAAAUUUGAUCAUGAUGCAGAAAUAGAGAAGAAAAAGGAAAUCUGCAAGUUUUAUAUACAGGGUUAUUGUUCCAAAGGAGAGAACUGCAUUUACAUGCAUAAUGAGUUCCCUUGCAAGUUCUAUCAUACAGGAGCUAAGUGCUACCACGGCGACAAGUGCAAGUUUUCUCAUGAUCCACUAACUAAAGAGUCGAAAGAACUCCUUGAUAAGGUACUGAAUACUGAAGAGGAGCCACAAAACGAUGAUGAAAAGGAAGUGGAGGAACUUCGGAAACGAGGCAUAGUUCCUCUUCCUAAGCCUCCUCCAGGAGUUGGGCUUUUGCCAACCCCACCAGAGCCGUAUUCAUUUACUGAGGAAGAUGCAGAAAACUUUCAGGAUCCCUCUGGUGAAUUCAAGAAAAUCCCAUCUCUCUUUGAGAUAGUUGUGAAGCCUACUGUGGAUUUAGCCCACAAGAUUGGGAAAACUCCACCAGCAUUCUAUAACAGCACAUCACCGCCAGGACCAGAGUUUGAAGGAAAUGAUCCACAUAUGUAUAAUACAGAAUCGAGCCCAGGACAUAAUGGACCAGCAGGGCUCCCAGGUUCUCCUGGGCAUCCUUGCAUAGGUCUAGGAGGGCCACAGAGUCCACCUUUGCAGCCAGUUCCUCCGGGUUACCUAGGACCACAGGGUCAAGCCGGUGGACCAAUGCAUGGACAGCAGGGUGGGCCACCUUUGACGCCACCUGGUUCAUCAUAUGGCUGUGCAGUUGCUCAAGAACAUAUGGCAAACAUGCCCAGAGACAAUCAUUGCCUACCUGGUCCACCAUAUCAGCAAAUCCCCGGUGAACGGCUGCCAAAUACUUGUUACGAGUCCCUUCAGAAUCCAGCCAAUUUCUAUGAUAAUUACUAUUCGCAUCAGGCUGUACAUAACUUUCAGACAACCAAUAACACUGGUGAUGGUGCUUGGCAAGGAGAAUUUGCAGAUCAGCAGCCUCACCACAUGUCUUCAGAUUCACAUAACAGUGGCAAUGAGUACGAGUCAGACUGUGCUACAGCAGCAGGCCACAGUUCAGCUAUUAAUGUACCAGAUUUUCUUCCUGCAAUGCAGAAAGCCCUUUUUGUAAGGCUUAGUCAAAAACAACAAGACGAUGGAGAGCAAAUGAGCAAUCAGUGUCAGAGAUCACUGAGUAGAGAAGAAGAUGAUAAUGUAAACUGGUACUCCAGUAGUGAAGAGGAAGAAGGAAGCAGUGUUAAAUCAAUAUUAAAGACCUUAAAGAAACAAAGUGAGACAUUAAGGAAACAGCAGCAGCAGGCAGCAGACCAACAGCUUCGUGUUAUGCCUACUGACCCAAGACUUGCUAAAGAGCGAGGUCAAGGAAGCCAAGCUGUUGAUCCCAGGCUAAGAUCAGCUUCAAGAUCAAAUGCUAGAAAACCAUCAGAGUCAGGAACCUUGGACCCAAGACUUGCACGAGAUCCUAGAAUUUUAAAGAGCAGCGAAAGCAGUCAUGCUAGUUCAUCUGCUAGUGGAGCAAACCCUGGUGUCAAGACGGUGCAAAAAGGAUUAGAGGAGGAAGAAGAGGAUGGAGAACGGGAGCUGAGAGAGAGAGCUUUCUUAAUACCAUUGGAACCUCUGCCUGGAGUAACACUACGGGAUCCAAGAUCUCAGCUUAGGCAAUUCAGCCAUAUUAAAAUGGACAUUGUUCUGAGCAAACCCAACUUUGCUAAGCAUAUUGUAUGGGCUCCUGAAGACUUACUCCCAGUACCUUUGCCGAAACCAGACCCAGUAUCUUCAAUCAACUUACCCCUUCCUCCACUUAUAGCUGACCAACGAUUUAAUCAAUUACGGAAUAUCAAAAGUGAUCCCAUCCCAAGUACAAUACCAUCUGACCCGAGAUUAGCAGCAAAAGCAAAAAAUAGUACACAUUUAGUAAACAGAAGUGUCUCUUUGGACCACUCUACAGAUUCUCAUCCUGGUAGCACAAGCAAAUUGGGAGACCCUCGCUUGCAGAAAACAAUUGAUCCCAGGCUCCACAGACCAUCCAGUACAGACUCUCACCAUACAGUAGUGAAGGACUUUUUGCCUCCAAAGACUGACCCCAGGUUAGCCAAAUCCAGCACUGGUACAUCACAGUCCUCAGAAGCUGCAGCCUUUCAUUCUGAUUCGGAUGCGUUACCCCCAUAUGCACCUAAGCUAUCAUCUGCCACUGCUAAACUGGGCACCCCUAGCUCGUUAUUAAGUGGCAUUAGCUUGUAUGAUCCAAGAAAUCACACUCCAUCAGACCCCUCUCCAGUUAAUUCAGGGGAGAAUGGAGAGAACCUGAAGAAGGGUAUUUUGAAAAAUGCUGGCCAAAAUGAAGCUACGCUCUCAGAAGAACAGUUGCCUCAAAAAACAUCCCUGCACAUAGAAAAAUGCCUGGAAACAUCUGGAGAAGCCAUUCCAGAUAAAGUGGGCAGUAAAUCUCAGGCUAAACACUCCAGUGCUGCUCCAGCAGUACACAACCUUCCCAUCCAGGCUUUGUCAGGGUUAAUCAGACCACAGUACAGUGAUCAGAGGCCUGUAAGGCAGCCUGGGCAAAUCAGUCAAACGUCAGAGAGUGAUCCAAAUGGGGAAUCCGAUGACAAAUCACUGAAAGAUGUUUUCAAGACUUUUGACCCAACGGCUUCACCUUUUUGUUAGCUGUGUGUUUAUGAAGACUUUUUACCAUUGUGAAUAAUGCAGGUUUCUGCGGUUUUGUAACUGAUUUACCUCUAUGCUUUAUUUAUUUUUAAAUUAUAACCAGAAACACAUUUGGGCUGCUAUUUUCAGAACCACAUGCCGUAACACAGUAUGCUAUAGUGUUUGCCAAGUUGGUAUUUUCUAUAUAAUUUUCACAUUUCAGGGAGACUAAUCAUUGAUCUGUUUUUUAAAAAUAACAAUAGGUAUAUCAUGUUAGAUCUGAAAUAAGCACUUUCAUUGUAAAUAAUCAUUAAGGAUUCAAUUUGAAGACUUGUAUAUGUGUAAUGUGUCUUUUCAAAAUCAACAUUUAGAGAAUGUUUGCCACUUUUGUAAGAUUGUAUAGGUUCAAGCAAUAUAAUGUACAUUACUGUGAGAGACACUAUUUAAAAUGACAAUUAUCUGAUCUAUCAAGUCCAACUUGCUAAGUAAAAUUCAAAAAGAAUUGAUCUUUUCUGAGCGUUGACACAGCAUCAUUUUUUAUUCAUGAAUUGAUACUCAUAGCCUAAAAGAUACUGUAUUACAUAUUGAGGAACUGAAGCAUUUUUAAAGUAUUUUAUUCUAUGCUGUAUAUAGAAGAAAUUGCAAAGGACACAGCUAAAACAUUUCUAAGUAGAAAAUUCAUAAGUUGUAUGUGUAAAAAAUGUAUUUUCUUUUUUCAUGUAUACAUUAUUCUCAUUUAGUGCUGGCACAUUGUGGUGUUCAUGUAUUCAAUGUAUUUUUGUAUUCAACUGCUUAAUUUGUAUUGCUUUUUUGUAUUGAUAUGUAAUGACAGUAACAUAUACUCAUGUGUCUGACAUUUUUAACAAAUUAAAAAAGAGUGAAAAUCU